UGGCGAAUCUCAAUUCUCAAGAACAUGGCCAAUUGCAACAUCAUCUGUAACUAUCCUUUCAAGAACCAUUUACCAGUGUUCAUCAACAUGAUGGUUCUUUCUUUCAUUUCUAAUGUUCAAGCCCAAGACAGUACUGACACAGAUACCUUGCCUGCUGAUUUUCCCCAACCAGUGCGUCCAAGCAAGGUGGUUGUAAUAGUGGCUCUCUCAAUAUUGUUCACUUUCUCAUUUCUCUUACUUCUCUACAUAAGGUUCCGUAGAAUCACCCCUCUUGAACUCAUCCAAAGAAGUAGCCAUCACUCUCCAAAUUUUCAAGCAACAACUCGAUCGAAUUCGAGGUCACGGCUUUCUGGGAUAGACAGACAAGUGAUUGAAGCACUUCCAUUUUUCAGGUUCUCUUCCCUCAAGGGGUCCAAACAAGGCCUAGAGUGUACGGUUUGCUUGUCACAGUUUGAGGACACAGAGAUUCUUAGGCUCUUGCCAAAGUGCAAACAUACUUUCCACAUGAAUUGCAUUGACAAGUGGCUUGAAAGUCACUCUAGUUGCCCUCUUUGCAGGAACAGUAUCGACCCUUUAGACAUCAAGAACUUCACCUACUCAAUCAGUUCAAGGUCCCUAAGAGUUCCUUCGAAUUUAACCGAGGACACUAACCUUGAAAUCUUUGUUCACAGGGAAUCAUCAUCAAGGUUUAACAUGGGAAGCAGGUUUUGGAAUUUGGGAAGGAACAACAAAGAAGAACGUCUCCUUGAUCAACAGGUUGAUGGCAAACACAUGCAUAAGUUCAAUCACAAAAUCGUGGUCUCUGAUGUUGUUACAAGGAGCAGGUGGAGUGAUCUAAACUCUUCGGACAUGUUAUCAUUGAACAGUGAGAUGCUUCUUGACAUGUCAAGCAGAAGAUUCUCUCCCUCUAAUGAAAUGAUUCGUGGAGAUUCAAGCCUUCCCUUUAUUUUCAAUGAUGAUGAAAGUUCAUUUACGUUAUUGAAUACUGCUGAGAAGAGAUCUAUGUCUGAGAUUGCUCGUGUUCCUAGGUUCAUAGAAACGUGCAAGCAGAAUAGAACGGAAGCAGGUGUGGCAUCAAGUGGGAGCAACGAGAGGGAGGAGAGGUUGAGGAGGAUUUGGUUGGGAAUUGCUCAACGAACAGUGCAAUGGUUUGUGGGACAAGAAAGAAACUCGAGAGAAUUAAAGCACAAAAAUUUAACUCCAAAUGUUUGAUCAUGGAGUUGGGACAACUUAGUAACAGUAAGAGCUGUACACUUUUUCAUACAAUGUGCUCGUGUUAAUUUUUCUUCUCUUUUUUGGUGUUUUAAUUAAAAAUAUAGAGUCUGUUUCGGUAAACAAUUUCAUUAUAAAAUAGUUAACAAGACACUACACAAC